AUUUUGUGGGGUCGAAGCGUUCGUUUUCGGACAGAUCUCGCCCUUACGAGACUUCUUAGAAGCGGCAUAUUCAGCAUGCUGUUCUAUUCCUUUUUCAAGUCCCUUGUUGGGAAAGAUGUGGUUGUAGAGUUAAAGAAUGAUUUGAGUAUUUGUGGCACCCUACAUUCUGUGGACCAGUUUCUCAAUAUCAAGUUGACAGAUAUCAGCAUUACGGACCCUGACAAGUACCCACACAUGUUGUCAGUAAAGACAUGCUUCAUUCGAGGAUCUGUUGUGCGAUAUGUUCAGCUGCCUGCGGACGAGUGUGACACACAGCUCCUGCAGGAUGCAGCUCGCAAAGAGGCAGCUCAGAACAAACAGCGAUGAUACUCAGCUCAUGGAACAGUGAGAGACACUGGGGACUUCAGUGACAUUGAGAGAAUGUGGAUAUGUGUGUUUGAGAGAAUGUGUUCAUCAACAGAAGCAUGGAACGCAUCAUCAAGCAGGUCUUUGUCAAUACUUCAUGGAUUUGUGUACAAUAUAUUUCUCACCUGAGAAGACAUACUGUCCAAUGACUCUGACACUGAAUGUCAGUCUUGUUAACACACAGGUAAAGGACAGACAUAGUGUAUAUAACCUGUGAAGUACUGACAAUGUCAUUGUCAACAGAUUGGAGAAUUGUUGCCUACAGAGGAUUGACCAUGUCUUGAAUGACACCAUCUUGGACUAAGGAUGGUAACAUCAGGUUUAUGAAGUAUCAUUUCCUGAUUGUACUGGAAUCCAGUUGUUUAUGAAAAUAUCAAAGGAUUAAGGUUUUAAUUUGGAAUUGUUAAUUUACAUCACCCUGGAUUGCUGUAUGGUAAUUUAACAAUAUAAGGAGAAUUUACUGACUUUGGGUUCAUGAAAGAUGAUGGUAGAAUGUAAAAAAGUUAUUUUCAGUUUUAUGAUACAAAUAAUUCUUUUGUAAAUAAAACACAUUGAAAUUGUG